GCUGCCCGGCCGCGGGCGCAGCUGCCACCGCCUGCUCGUUGCCGCGUCGGCCCGGAGGCGGCUGCCGGGCGCCGCGGGGACAGCUGCGGCGGCGCUGCCAUAUUGCGUCUCCCGGGCCGGCCUCGCCUCGGCGCCGCGGCGGCCGAGCUGACGAACUGGAAGAGUAAAUGGGUCCAGUAAUUGGAAUGACUCCAGAAAAGAGAGCUGAAACUCCAGGCGCUGAAAAGGUUGCAGGAUUGAGCCAGGUUUACAAAAUAGGAAGCUUGCCGAAAGCUGUGGAUGCUGCCAGACCAAAGGCCACUCUAGUGGACAGUGAGUCAGCAGAUGAUGAACUCACAAACUUGAACUGGCUUCAUGAAAGUACUAAUCUUCUAACAAACUUCAGCUUUGGAAGUAAAGGCCUUCCGAUCGUCAGUCCGCUGUAUGACAUAGAAGGAGAUGAUGUGCCGCCCUUUGGCCCGUCUUGCUACCAGAAUCCAGAAAAAAAAUCGGCAACUUCAAAGCCCCCAUACUCCUUUAGUCUUCUCAUUUAUAUGGCUAUCGAACACUCGCCAAAUAAAUGUUUACCUGUCAAAGAAAUUUAUAGCUGGAUUUUGGACCGCUUCCCAUAUUUUGCUACUGCACCAACAGGCUGGAAGAAUUCUGUUCGACAUAAUCUUUCCCUGAAUAAAUGUUUUCAGAAGGUGGAAAGAAGCCAUGGAAAGGUUAAUGGAAAAGGUUCCUUAUGGUGCGUUGAUCCAGAGUAUAAACCCAGUCUUAUGCAGGCACUGAAGAAGCAGUCCUUUUCCUCGCCGUUCAACACCCCUCCAGCAUCUCCUCAAAGUGGCUCUUUCUCACCUCACUACUUAAGCUCUAUACUGAAGCCAAACCAGGUGCAAACCCUCAAAGAAUCUGAUAUUGAUGCUGCCACAGCAAUGAUGCUCUUAAAUACUUCUAUAAAACAAGGGAUUUUAGAAUGUGAGAAGCCCCUUCCCCUCACAACAGCAGUGCAAACCAAGAGAAGCUACGGCAGUGCUUUUAGCCAUCCGGCUACUGUGCGGCUGCAAGAGAGUGACUCUUCGGCCACCAGCAUCGACCCAAAGGAAGACCACAAUUACAGUGCCAGCAGCAUGGCGGCACAGCGCUGUGCCUCCAGGGCCAGCGUAUCUUCCCUGUCGUCUGUGGAUGAGGUGUACGAGUUUAUCCCAAAGAGCAGCCGUGCGGGCAGUGACGGCAGCGAGGGGUUUCCUAGUGAAGAAGAUACGGACGUGGACUAUGAAGAUGACCCCCUGGGGGAUAGUGGCUAUGUGUCCCAGGCUUGUGUCAGUACCUCGGAGAAAGGGCAGCCGGGCAAAAAGCUGAGGAAACAGUCGUGUCAAGAGAUCGAUGAGGAGCUCAAGGAGGCGGCUGGCUCUCUGCUCCACCUCGCGGGCAUCCGCACGUGUCUGGGCUCCCUGAUAAGUGCUGCGAAGACUCAGAGUCAGAAGCAGCGGAAGAAAUAGAAAUCUGAUCAGUGUGGAAUUAUUUUACAGUGUGGCAAUACUCUUUAAUUAUUCACAAGGGAUAGCAAAGCCAUAAUGGACUUCUUUUCUUUCAGGGUGGGGAGGGGCAUAAUUGGGGCUUUUUUUUAUAAUUGCUGUUAGGAUCAUGCCCAACCAUAAACACGAGGUGAAGUCCUAGAUGCAUGAUUUUUGCGAUAAGUGUCUCCAAAUUUUGUAAAUUUUUUUUAUAAAAGAAAUUCUCCACUCUCUGUCUUAAACUUGUAGGAAAGAUUUUUUUUUAAUAUAUCAAAAUGGAAGAAUUUGAAGCUAUCUAACUUUUCAUUUUCUUUUUUAGUCAAUAAGUGACUAUUGAUUGAUCUAACAAUGUGCUGAUUUUUUCCCCCCAUACUCCUCUCUUGACACACAAUCCAGUACGAUGACAUUGGAAAUUUUUGUCGUAUUUUUGUUUUAUUAUUUAUUGAAACAUGAGCAAAGCAGUAUAAAUUAGAAAAUAUUACAGUGUAGAAAGUUCCUUUUGGUUACAUAGGCAGAGACUAUGGCAGAGAAUCCUAAGAUUUAGGAAAGACAAUUUGUGGUAUAAUUUCAUCUAAGAACACUCCAAUUUCUAUUACAGUAUUUUCUUUGAUUUUUUUUUCUUAGUUCUCUAAUAUUGUGUAGUAUUUACAAGAGCCUCUGGUAUUUCCCCAAGUGCUUUGCAACCAUUGUAAAUUUUAGCUGCUAGCUGUUUCUGUUGACUGGAAACUACCCAGAGGGGGAUAUAGCCAUAAAGUGUAGGAUGGAGCUUGCACCAACCGUUUGGGCACAACUUUGCAAUAAGAGUCUUUCAUUUGCUUGUUUCAUGUGCUGCUUUCUGUGGCUCUUAUAAUAGAUAUGGAGUGUAAUCAAAUUUAAGCAUUUCGAAUACUUAUGUCAUCACAAAGGUUGGUCAUUGAGGAGAACUUAGGCUUAUAUGUGAAUUAAAUUUGUAUAUCCUUAAUUAAAUUUUAAAGGCUUUAACAAAACUAAAGACAAAAUAUCUUCAUGGAUUUCAGUUUCAUGAAAAGAACAUAUACAGUAUACCUUUUAGAGAAGGCAGGGUAAUUCCUAUAUGUGCCAUUAUUCCAUGCUAAGAGAUUUUCUAUACCUGUUCCAGACAUGCAUUGACUAAGGCAUUUUAAAUAUCUGAACAAAUCUGCUUGAAUGAGACGUUUUUCCAUUUGUAUAGUUUUACUAUAUUCAUAAUGAGGGAUACUAAUAAAACAAUUUAUUCAUUAUCUCUAUAUUUUUUACAACAUGGAAUCACCUUUCCAGAAGGUUCGUCUUAACUCAUGCUACACCUGCUCCACAAAAGAGUGAUUCGUUUUCAUUUUUCUGGUAGUUUCAUACUCUUACACAUGCAUCAUACAUACACAGUUAUGAUUUUGGUUUGUUGCUUUUAGCUGUUACUAUGACGAGAAUUUUCUUGGAUUUUUUUUUAAGAGAGAAACUUUUUAUUUUAACUUCUAAGUUUUAUUUGGGCAAAACUCAAACGAGAAGCAUACUGAAAAUGUCUUUUUCAAUUGGCAAGACUUUAAACCAGGGAUACCUAUUUCUAUUAUCUGUCCUGUUCUCAUGUGAGUUUUAAAUGAACUUGGAUAGCCACAUUAAUAAAAUUGGUGCUGCUAAAUAUAACAGUUUGCUGAUAAUGAAAAAUUAUCCUUAAGUGUAUAGGGUGAGAUAUUUAGAUUUUUUUAUAUGCAUAUAACUUUAUCUACUACAGAAAAUAGCAACACAUGUUAGUACCUUUUACGUGUAAGCAUUGAUAAAACACCGAAAAAGAAAUGCUUCUACUACGGUCGUAAUAGAGGAAAAAAUUAUUGAAAUGAUUGCAAUAACAUAAUAUCCUGAAGCAAUUUAUCACUGUCUCUGGAUACACUAUAGUAAGAGCAUUUCAAUGAUCUGGUUCCAAUUUAUGUUCUACUGAAGUCCUACAUCACAGAUGUUCUCUCUGGUUUCUGUCCAUUUUUAGUUACUCUGUCUGAGUUAAGGAAAACCAUGUAAGACGCUUUCCCCAAGGCAGCUGUGUCGGCCUCCUGUAGGAGGUGCUGGGUUAACUGAGGAGUGUGGGGCAGGCCACACACUUGCAAGUACACUGUCACUACUUAAAGGAGCUAGAUUUUCAGGAAAAUGUUGAGUGAAUUGUUUUUUGGGUUUUUGUUUUGUUUUGUUUUUUGAAAGAGGUCGAUAGGCCAUAAUUUUGGGAACCUCAUCUAUGAUGAGGAGUGAAAGAAUUAUUCCCAGUUAAUAGGGAUCUUCAUAAAUUUUUUUUGUCUUCAGAUAAAUAACAAAAACUGUUAAUGUUUUUUCUCUUCUUGUACUCUAGCAAGGCUAAAAAAUGACUUGCACUCAAAGCAAACGAGGAAACAGUAUUCUUCUGAAUUCUUUCGCAGAAUUCAGUGUAUCACUUUCUAUUUGCUUUUAUAAGGAGAAGAUCCUUUUUAAUUUUAAUCCCCCUUUAUUGCUUCCACAGACAUGAUCACAUUCUUCAGGUGUGCUGAAAUUAAAAACAACUAGUAACCAACCAAUUUAAGGAAAGUGGUUGAUCAAACAAAGUUGAAUUUCAGUCUUGUGGACUGGAAAUUACAUUUCCAGCAAUACUUUAAUAAUAGACUUUUAUUGUGAUAAAAACAACUUGGAAAUCCUGAAGAGGUUAUGUUUUUCCAUUGUAUUCUAAAACUGACUUAAGGUUAUAUAUAAUUUGCCUUACCAGCAAAAUAAAAUUUGUUUUAGCAUCAAUUUUAGUUUUUAUUAGAUUCCUAGUAAAAGUUUGACUUAACAUGAUUAAUCUUCCUUAUUCAGAUCCCAAAUAAAAUCAGUGUUUUCUUAAAAAUGUAUUUGAAAAAUUUUGUGCAAUAUAUUACUAAAUGAGUUAAUAUUUCCCUUUUUAAAUUCAGAGAAAGAAAAUGUUACUUGUAUUAAUGGAAAAGCUAAUUAUUGGUGGAUCUCUUUUUUCCACCUUUGAGCCUUUAAGUCUUUUCCUAUUACCAGCAUGAUUUAACUUAGGUUCCUUUGUACAUAUUAAAGUUAAAAAUUUUUUUCUUUUCCUACUUUCUGAGGCAUUAUAUUAAAAAACUCAUAAUAAAUGUUCAGUUAAAUAUAUGUUAGCAUGAGUUCAAAACUAGAACGAAGUGUUGAGGGGAUAUAUGUGUCUUGGUAAACCAGGAAGGAGGCCUUUCCCAGCAGUUUCAACAACUGAUGUGAAUAUGUCAAAAAGUUUAAAUACUGUUGUCUUAAAUUUUACAGUAACUAAACCUUUGGUGAAAACCAUAGCUAUUAUGAAACCUUCAGGCUUUCUGGUUUAUAUAUAUUUUAUGGAUUUUUGUUAGUUUGAAAUAUGUAAGCUUUGAUCAAAGUUUACUUCAGUAUGUUAAUGAUGUAGUCAAAUAUUUAUUGAAAGACAAAGUAGGAUAUUUUAAUGUCAUACCUGCCUUUUUGUUCUUAAAGCACAUUCUUUGCAUCUAACUGCCAGUGCCAUUAUUAAAACUUGUUUUAAGAUUGUUGUACAUUUCUUAUUAAACGAAGUGCUUAAUUUUAAAGUAUUAUUUUGCCAUCAUAUAGUGUAUAAAAAUGUAUGAUUGCCAAUUCAUUUUAACUAUUUAUUUUUAAAUGAAAGUAUAAGAAUGCUUUCUGAUACAAGAAAUUUGAGUUAUUAAACCAUUUCCUUUCUAAUGUAGCAUAAAAAUUGCCCUGAGUUUGAGUUACAGCUGCCAUAGAUGACCAGUCCAAGUGAACUACUUCUCAGUCGCCAGUCUCGGCUCACAUUGAAAACAACUUAACAAAUGUUUAGUUUUUGUAUCUAAUCUCUUGAUUAUUAAGACGUUUAUAAAAUUUAUUUUUACCAAAGAGAUGCAGUUCGUUAUGAUAAAGUAUUGCAGAAUAAACUUUGUUUUAUAGCA